AUGACAGUCGACGCACGUACCGACGCAGAGGUGACGCUCGACGCGUUAGCGCCGGCUCAUGCACUGGUGAAGCAGAGGGAAGUUACGGCAGAAGGCGGCGAUCCACAGGCCCCUCCGCUGGCGGCCUACCCCGAAGGUGUGCCCUCCGAAGACGAAUAUCCCAGGGGACUCGCAUUGCUGUUGAUCCUUCUGUCGCUCGUCCUGUCCAUUGUCAUGGUGGCUGUCGAUCAGACCAUCAUUGCAACGGCCAUCCCCCUGAUUACCGACGAGUUCCACAGCGUGACUCAAAUCGGCUGGUACGGGUCGGCCUUCUUCCUGACUUUUGCCUCGUUUACGGCAUCAUGGGGCAAGCUCUUCAAGUAUUUUCCAUUGCAAUGGACCUUCCUCGUCGCCGUCUUCGUCUUUGAAUUGGGCAGUCUCGUCUGCGCGGUCGCCCCCAGUAGCACGGCCUUGAUCGUCGGACGUGUCCUUGCAGGUUUGGGUGUGGCUGGCAUUGCGUCGGGCGCCUUCAUCCUCGUCGCCUUCCUGGCGUCCCGGCGAAGCGACCUGCGCGGAGUUUUCACGCAGAGACUCAGCUGGCGGUGCAAUCUCCCCUUUGGUGGCCUGGCUGCCGCGACGCUUGUCAUCUUCUUUAAGUUGCCGCCGCAUGCGAAGCUGGUCAUGGGCGCGGUCGAGUGUUAUAUUCUGGCAUUGCAGUGGGGUCGCCUCACGCGCGUGUGGGAUUCCUCGACCAUCAUUGGCCUCUGGGUGGGAUUCGGGCCGGCUCUAAUCGCCUUUAGUUUUGCUCAAUGGUGGUUGGACGACCGUGCGAUGGUUCCGCCGCGGAUUCUCAGGAGCCGUUACGUCCACCAGGGCAUGCUCUAUGCGGCCGCCAUUGCGGGGUCUUAUUUCCUGACGCUAUACUUCCUUCCCAUCUACUUCCAGGUUAUUGACGACGUCUCACCGCUUGAGAGUGAAGUACGCAAUCUGCCAUUGAUUGUCGCCAUCACCCUUGCGACUAUCGUGUCGGGCAUCUCGAUUACCAUCACCGGUCGCCCGAUGUUUUUAUGGCAUCCAUCCUCUAAGUGGAUCGGAUACCAGGUCCUCACCGGCAUUGGGGUCGGGCUGGGCUUACAAGUGCCCGUCUCUGCGGCGCAAGCGACUCUACCGCCGGAUGACAUACCGUCUGGGUCGGCUAUUCUCGUCUUCAUGCAAACCAUCGGUGGCGCCUUUUUCGUCUCCGCCGGAGAGAGCGCCUUCGAAUCCACACUCUUGAAGCAGCUAAGCGCGACCGCUCCAUGGAUCGACCCGCUCCAGGUCAUCAGCACGGGCGCCACGGAUGUGCGGAAAGUGUUUUCCCCAGCUGAUGUGCCUUUUAUUCUUCGCGCAUGUGUGCGUGGUAUCCAGACUGCCUUGAUUGUCGCCAUCGCCGUGGCUGGUACGUAUACUAUUAUUGCUUUUGGGGCCAAGUGGGUUAAAAUGCAAAAUGCAAGCGCCGCUGAGGGCUGA